AUGGCGACCACAUCGAAUAUGUUUUUGUACUCGCUCACAAUUCAACCGCCUACUGCCAUCACACAAGCCAUCGUCGGCUUCUUCUCGGGCACCAAGGAGCAGCAAAUUCUCACAGCUUCGGGCUCCCGGCUGACACUCCUUCGCCAAGAUGCGAACUUGGGCAAAAUAUUGCCGCUGAUCACGCAGGACUUGUUCGGCAUCAUCAGAUCCAUUGCCGUCUUCCGUCUCGCCGGAAGUUCUAAGGACUACAUCCUUCUGGCCACGGAUUCAGGUCGCAUCGCUGUGCUCGAGUAUCUUGCGGCCCAGAACCGCUUUUCUCGAGUCCAUUUAGAGACGUUUGGUAGAUCCGGGGUUCGCCGUGUGGUGCCCGGUCAGUACUUAGCUGCGGAUCCCAAGGGCCGAGCCUGUCUCAUCGCCUCUAUCGAAAAGAGCAAGCUCGUGUACGUGUUAAAUCGCAAUACGGAGGCCGAGCUCACCAUAUCCUCGCCUCUGGAGGCCCACAAAACCGGCAUACUUGUGCUCUCUUUGGUAGCGCUCGAUGUGGGCUACUUGAACCCCGUGUUUGCAUCUCUCGAGACGGAUUACUCGGGCCUGGACCAGGAUCCAUCCGCUCAAGAUCCAGAUGUCGAGCUCGUCUACUACGAACUGGAUUUGGGCCUAAAUCGCAUAGUCCGGAAAUGGUCCGAGCCCGUGGAUCCAACCUCCUCGUUGCUUUUCCAAGUACCUGGUGGGAACGACGGCCCAAGUGGUGUGCUAGUGUGUGGGGAAGAAAGCAUCACAUACCGACACUCCAACCAAGAGUCGUUUUGUGUACCUAUUCCGAGACGUCGGGGUGCUACAGAGGAUCCCCAGCGGAAGCGCACCAUCGUGUCCGGGGUCAUGCAUAAAUUGAAGAACAGUCCCGAGGCAUUCUUUUUUCUGCUGCAAACUGAAGACGGUGACCUGUUCAAGGUAACGUUAGGUAUGCGGGAAGAUAGUGAGGGUAAUUUGACAGGGGAGGUGAACUCUAUCAAACUCGCGUACUUUGAUACGGUUCCAGUCGCGAAGAGUCUCUGCGUCCUCAAAAGCGGCUUCCUCUUCGUUGCCAGCGAGUUUGGGAAUCACCAGUUCUAUCAGUUUGAAAAGCUCGGAGGCGACGAAGUCGAAUUCAGCAGCGAGAAAGACGUCGCUCCCGUCUUCUUUGACCCGCGACCUUCGGAAAACCUUACUUUGGUGGAAAUCAUCGAUUCCAUGAAUCCCCUCCUGGCUUCCGAAGUUGCCAAUUUGAGGGAGGAAUACGAUGCGCCGCAAAUCUACUCAGCUUGUGGCAGCGGUGCAAGGAGCCACUUUCGGAUUCUGAGGCAUGGGCUAGAGGUCAAUGAGAUUGUAGCUUCCGAAUUGCCGGGAACAGUUUCGGCUGUCUGGACAACGAAGCUUACAGCCAAGGACGAACACGACACGUACAUCAUCCUAACCUCAUCCGCCGAUACGCUGGUCUUGAGCAUUGGGGAAGAAGUGAAGCAAGUCAGCGAUUCGGGGUUUCUUACAUCGGUCAGCACUCUUGCUAUCCAACAAAUAGGGGACGACAGUCUAGCCCAAGUCCACCCAAAGGGUAUCCGUCAUAUCCGCAGCAACGGUCAAAUCAUUGAGUGGCCUGUUCCGCAACACCGCUCUAUAGUGGCUGCUGCCACGAACCAGCGGCAAAUCGCUGUUGCUUUGAGCUCAGGAGAGAUUGUCUAUUUCGAACUCGACGAUGCCGAUGGGUCGCUUGCUGAGUAUGACAGAAGAGAGGAGAUGUCUGGGACCGUAACUUGUCUCGGUCUCGGCCAGGUCCCCGACGGCCGUCUACGAAGUUCCUUCUUGGCUGUCGGAUGCGACGACCGUACUAUUCGGAUUCUCAGUUUGGAUCCGGAAUCUACGCUUGAGAGCAUGUCGGUACAAGCUCUAACGGCGGCGCCCUCGGCCUUGGCCAUUCUACCGAUGGACGACUCCUCACUUGGUGGCUCAAGCUCUUCGAAUAUGGCGAAAACGACAUAUCUGCACAUCGGUCUCCAUUCCGGCGUCUACCUCCGAACAGUGCUGGAAGAAACUACAGGUUCAUUGACAGACACUGAACACAAAUUUCUCGGUGUCAAGCCUGUCAGGCUCUUCCAAGUCACAGUCAAGCAAAAACCAUGUGUCUUGGCUCUCAGUUCCAAGUCCUGGCUGGGCUAUGUUCAACCGGCAAGAGGCUUCAUGGUGACCCCUCUUAGCUACGAGAGUCUAGACUGGGGAUGGAGCUUCAGUAGCGAGCAGUGUGAGGAGGGUAUCAUUGGAGUCCACGCAAACCACCUUCGGAUAUUUUCUAUCGAAAACCUGCACGACAACCUAGUGCAGAGAUCGAUACGGCUCACAUACACGCCACGGCACCUUGUAAAGCACCCAAAUCAACCGUAUUUCUAUACGAUUGAAUCUGAAAACAACACCCUCGCACCAGAGCUGCGUGUACAGUUGGUGGCUGCAUGUACCACAGCGCCAGGCGGGGAUGCGAAUGAGCGAGAUGUUGCCGAGAUACUUCCGCCCGAGGAGUUCGGGUACCCCCGCGGACGGGGUCGAUGGGCCUCUUGCAUAAACAUCGUCGACCCUAUCGGGGAACGGAUACUCCAGACUAUCCAUCUCCAAGGGAACGAAGCAGCUACGAGCUUGGCGAUAGUAUCGUUCACGAGCCAAGACGACGAAUGCUUUUUGGUCGUUGGUACGGGGAAGGACAUGGUUUUGAAUCCGCGACAGUUUUCCGAGGGUUACAUCUCCGUCUAUCGAUUUCAUGAGGACGGACGGGACCUCGAGCUCAUUCACAAAACCAGGAUGACCGAACCACCAACAGCGCUGGCAGCCUUCCAAGGCCGGUUGGCGGCGGGAAUUGGCAAGACUCUGCUAAUUUACGAUUUGGGUCUGAAGCAAUUGCUUCGAAAGGCCCAAGCCGACGUGACACCGAGUCAAAUUGUCUCUUUACAGACACAGGGCAACCGCAUUGUUGUUGGCGACGUGCAACAUAGCGUUACUAUGGUGGCAUACAGGACUGAGUCUAAUAAGCUCAUACCCUUUAUCGACGAUACGAUUGCGCGGUGGACAACCUGUAUGGUUAUGGUCGACUAUGACUCGGUGGCGGGUGGCGAUAAGUUUGGGAACUUCUGGAUCGUGCGGAGUCCCGAGAAAGCUAGUCUCGAAGCUGACGAGCCAGGGGAUCACCAUCUGAUACACGCCCGCAAGAACCUCCACGGCGCCCCGAACCGACUCAAUCUGAUGACACACUUCCAUACCCAGGACAUCCCAACUGGCAUCACCAAAACCAACCUCGUCGUAGGCGGGCAAGAGGUUCUCGUCUGGAGCGGUUUUCAGGGUACUCUCGGCGUAUUUAUCCCGUUCGUUGCGCGCGAGGAUGCCGACUUUUUCCAGACCCUGGAGCUGCAUAUGCGUAGCGAAGAACCGUCGCUAAUCGGCCGCGACCACCUCGCGUAUCGUGGCUACUAUGUGCCGGCGAAGGGAGUCAUCGAUGGGGACCUCUGCGAACAAUAUAGGCUACUCCCUAGUGACAAGAAGCAGAGAAUCGCUGUGGAACUCGAUCGUUCAGUGAGGGAGGUAGAGAAGAAGAUCUCGGUACGUCCACCCGUCAUCCGCCAGGUUCCCUUUACAAUUGAAGUAUCUCGCUAA